ACAUACCAGAGGGGUAUUGCACAAAAGUAGAAUUAAGAAAUCCAGGAUAACAGAAAAGGCGCGGCUUGACCUAGUUCAAUCAGUGCAUCCUGGCUUAAUCCGUUGCACGUUUGCUGAGCCAGGAUGAGAACGCGCGGAUAUGUCAAGCCAGGUGUAUAUAGUUUGGAUAAAUGCACGUUCACGGUAUUCUUAAAAAGAUCACGAAAUCGAUCACAGAAUCACCGAUGCAAAAAUGGACAAAACCCGUGCGGCAUACUUUUCGCCUAAUGAGCAACAGCUUCUUAUGGAAACGUAUGAAGAAGUGAAACAUAUUAUAUGUAAAAAAAGGCAAUACAGCUGCUGUAAUAAAGCAAAGAGAGAAUGCCUGGCAAACAAUAGCGGACCGAUUGAAUGCGUAAGUACUCCAAAUAACCAGUGCUCCACUGAAACUCUCAUAAUUACAAUCCAAGGAGUUUCUUGUCAUUUUCAAAAAUAAUUGUAUACUUUGCUUUAAAUGUGACCAGUGGACAUGCAUUUAACAUGAAGAAUAAUUGCAAACACUUACCCACUAUGUGCAUUUAUUUGAUCUAUUUAGUUUAUUUUAUGUCUAUAAUCUGUUUAAUCUUUGUACUCUUAUCUGUUUGUAUGUAGGUUUUGUUUCUAAUUGAUUUGAUGUAAUCUAUAAUCAGAUAAUUUUGCUCUAUUUUUACCCAUCUAAUCUAUUUUAUCAUUUGUAUCUAUCUAUUCCUAUUAAAGAACAAACAUGUCUGGCCAAAAAAGGACUUGGCAGCAAGUCAAGAUUAAAUACAAGAAUAUUUUGCAGGCUGCAAUAAAAAAAAAAAAUCAUAUAUCUGGUACGGGGGGUGGCCCUCCAACCCAAGACUUCACCACAGCAGAGGAGCUGGCCCUGGACUUAAAUAAAGGGAAGCCAGUGAUUGAAGGGAUCCAGGGAGGGACAGCCACUGACUCUGGCCCAGCAAGGGAUACUGGCCUCUUCAUACAAGUGGAUGGUAACACCCUUACACUUUUGGAGCCACCAGACUAUAAUUCAUCGAGGGAAGCCACAUCUACAGCAGCGGAGUGCACUUCUGCCGAUGAUGAGACCGUGUCGCUGGACUCCAGAAGGCUCGAGGAUCCUGACAUUGGGCAGCCUGAUAAGCAGCCUCGUAACAUAAGUUCACAAACUGUCAGAUAUCUGUACACAACGCAUCUUAAGAGACAGAUCGAGCUGACAGAAGUCAAGAUUGAUGUGAAAAAAAGAAAGCUGCAGGACAUGGACCUUGAGAUGCAAAUUAAACGAAACACACUGAGGAAACUAGAACUGGAAAUCCAGAAACUAGAAAGAGAACUCCAAGCGUGAUCACAACAAAAUAAUAAAAGAAAAAUAUUCCAA